UUAUCAGUGGUCAGUCGCCAAAUUAUACGACUGCAAAACUCUUACUGUAAUUUUUACUUUCCAGACCAAAAGUAUAAAAAGCAGUUUAUUUUCGAAUUUUCGUAUUAAAUUUUAAAUAUUUGAGACUUUUCUCUGUUUUUCUUCUCCUGAAACUAUUUAAAAAGGACAACAUUAAUUUUAUAUAGUUUCGAAAUCAAAAUAUUUGCAAUUUUUUUUUUCAAUUUGUAAAACAUGACCAAUUGUGGAUUUUCUUGCUGGCACCCAACAUGGAUACAGAAAUUCGCCAAAACAAGAUGGUUUAUUGUUGUUUAUGCGCUAUUAGGAACAAUUCAAACGGCCAGUAGCACUUAUUUCUAUAUCACAUUGCCUACAAUUGAAAAAAGAUUUAGAAUUCCUAGUCAGACAACAGGAAUAAUACUAAGUGGAAAUGAGGUGUCGCAAAUCUUACUGUCAUUGAUUUUAACAUAUUUUGGUGGUCAAAAAAAUAUUCCCAAGUGGAUGUCAUUGGGUAUAGUUUGUAGUGCAUUUUCAUGCUUUAUACUGGCAUGGCCGCAUUUCAUUUACGGUGCCGGCGAAGAAGCACUUCAAUACACACACGAAUACUUAUCGUGGAAUCAGACUAUUUCGUCAGAGAUUACAUUAAAUUCAAAUAAGCUGAAAAAUAAUAAAAUAUGUCAAAGUUCUUCCAACAUUGACGAUGAUUGUGAUGAAGAGUUCUCAUAUAUCCCGCUGAUUCUGAUUUUUUUAUCACAAUUCGUGCUCGGAAUUGGAAACACGCUUUACUAUUCGCUCGGCGCUACAUACAUUGAUGAUAAUACAAAGCAACAUAACUCGCCGUUAAUGUUGUCCUAUGCAUAUGCAAUGCGAAUGUUUGGACCCACUUUUGGCUAUGGUUUCGCAUAUAUUGUAUUGAGAAUUUAUAUUGCCCCUACGCUAACGCCGUUAAUUUCAAAAGACGAUCAUCGUUGGAUGGGUGCAUGGUGGCUAGGAUGGAUUCUGGUUGGAAUAUUGAUGUUCAUCUUCGCUGGCAUCAUUGGUUUAUUUCCAAAAAGUCUGAAGAAAGAAAACCCGGUGGAAAAACAAGAUCCGGGUGAAGAAAUAUGUAACAAGAAAUUAGCGGCAGAACAAAAAAUCGAAGAGACUGAAAAUGGUAAAUUGAAAGAUUUUCCAAAAGCCAUAUGGCGACUAUUAACGAAUAAAUUGCUGAUGUUGAACUGUUUUUGUAGCGUAUUUUAUAUUUAUUCUUUCUCUGGUACCAUGACAUUCAUGGGCCGAAUGAUGGAAGUUCAGUUCAAUAAGACUUCAGCCGGUGGAAGUGCUUUCACGGGCCCAAUCAACAUGGUCGGCAUGUCGGCAGGCUUAUUAAUUUCCGGUUAUAUUAUUAAAAAAUAUCAACCAUCACCGAAGUACUUAUUCUUUUGGAAUGUUAUCAUUGGUUUAUUUUCGGUGUGUUGUACACUUUCAUUUACUCAAAUGGGAUGCGACAAUAGUCAUUCAUUGACGGUCGAUCAAUCGAUGGUUUCAUGUAAUGCGAACUGUAUUUGUGAAGGAAUAUCCUACACUCCUCUAUGUGACCAUUCAUCAAGUACAACCUAUUUUUCACCGUGUCAUGCUGGAUGCAAGACGUUCGAUGAAAAGUUAAACGCUUACACCAAUUGCUCGUGUACUGAAGGCCCAUCAGAUGAAAUUCAAGUGGAGCACCAUGUUUCAUCUGGUGCAUGCUUUGGGGAUUGCAAUUUUGAUUAUUAUGCAUACACAUUCAUUUCAAUGGCAUCAAACUUUUUCUGUAUUACUGGUUUAAUGUCAAGCGUAUUACUUAAUUUACGAACGGUCGAACCGCGAGAUAAGGCAUUGGGUCAAGGAUUUUCACUAUUUACAGCUAGUUUAUUUGCUUUAAUUCCAGCACCCAUCAUCUUUGGUCGCAUUAUCGAUUUUACUUGUUUAAUUUGGAACCAAAAGUGUGGACGAGAGGGCAAUUGUCUCCUGUACGACUCAGUCAAAUUUCGAUACUAUAUUCAUGCAACUUCGGCCGUUUUCUUGGCUAUUGGCGUUUGCUUUGAUUUCAUGAUUUGGUACUAUGGCAGAGAUAUGGAUUUGUAUGGUGAUUCAAAUAAUGAUGAACAAAAAUGUGUCAAAGUAGAAGACGACCCAUCCGAAAUUGAGCCACUUAAUACGAAUAAUUAACAUUUCAUUCAAUUUGAUUAAUAAAAAUUACUUAACCAAAAUAUAGGGUUAUCAAUUGUAAAAUAUGGUAAUCUUUAAGAAGAAUAACGUAAAAAAUUCUAGGGGAAAUUAUUUAUUUGCAAUUCAUUGAAUUUGUAUAAUAAGUCGUUAAUUCAAUAAAAUAAUUCAAACAA